CCUGUUCCCUGGCCCCGGCCAGGUCCCCUCAGGGCUCAGAUGUCGGGUUCCAGAUGCCCGGACUCAGAGUGGGGGAACUGUCUCUGGGGAAGCCCCAUUCCACUCGCUGCCCAGGCAACACGCUCCAGGCCACAGCCAUGUGGUCCCAUCUGCCCCCGCCCACUCCCAGGUGGUGGCUGCUCCUCUGGGGAGUCCUCCAGGCUUGCCCCACGCACGGCUGCGUGCUCUUGGCCCAGCCGCUGCCCCAGAAGCUGACGUCCCCCGGGUACCCGGAGCCAUAUGUCAAAGGCCAAGAGAGCUCCACGGACAUCGAGGCUCCAGAGGGCUUUGCCGUGAGGCUCGUCUUCCAGGACUUCGACCUGGAGCCGUCCCCAGACUGUGUUCGGGACUCCGUCACAAUCACAGCCAGUGGAAUGGAUCCCAGCCGCUUCUGUGGGCAGCAGGGCUCCCUGCUGGGCAGUCCCCCUGGUCAGAGGGAGUUUGUGUCCUCAGGGAACAGUUUGCGGCUGACCUUCCGUGCACCCGCCUCUGAGGACAGGACCCCGGGCCUCCACAAGGGCUUCCUGGCCCUCUACCAAGCCGUGGGUGUGAAUCAUAGUCAGCCCAUCAGCCAGGCCAGUGGGGACCCUGAGGCCAUCAACACACCUGGAGACAACUCCACUGAGAUCCAGAGCCACUGCCAGCAGCCCUAUUAUCAGGCUGUGCCCGCAGGGACACUCACCUGCACCGCCCAGGUGCCCUGGAAGCAGACACAGGAAAGGGAGGAGGUGCCUCGCUGUGUGCCUGUCUGCGGACGGCCGGUCAUCCCCAUCGCCCAGAACAGGGAGCCCGCUGGUGCCUCCAGAGCCGAGCUGGGCAACUUCCCCUGGCAGGCCUUGACCAGCAUCUACGGCCGAGGCGGCGGGGCCCUGCUGGGCGACAGGUGGAUCCUCACCGCCGCCCACACCAUCUACCCCAAGGACGGCGUCUUCCUCGGGAAGAGCCGGCGCGCGCAGGUGUUCCUGGGCCACACGGACAUCGACGAGCUGCUGGAGCUGGGCGGCCACCCGGUGCGCCGCGUGGUCGUGCACCCAGACUACCGCCCGGACCAGACCCACAACUUCCACGGGGACAUCGCCCUCCUGGAGCUGCGGCACCGUGUCCCCCUGGGCCCCCACCUCCUCCCGGUCUGCCUGCCCGACCGCAAGGCCCUGUACCGCCCGGGCCUGGCGGGCUACGUCAGUGGCUUUGGCGUGGAGAACGGCUGGUUGACCACGGAGCUGAAAUACUCCCGGCUGCCCGUGGCCCCGAGGGCGGCCUGCGAGGCCUGGCUCCGAGCAAAGCGGAGGACCGAGGUGUUCUCCGGCGGCAUGUUCUGCGCCGGGGACAGCACGCGGCCGCAGAGGGUCUGCCAGGGGGACAGUGGUGGUGCCUACGUGGUGUGGGACGAUCGUGCCCGUCGCUGGGUGGCCACGGGCAUCGUAUCCUGGGGCAUUGGGUGUGGCGAGGGGUACGGCUUCUACACCAAAGUGCUCAACUAUGUGGAUUGGAUCAGAGGAGUGAUGGACGGGAAGGAUGACCCCGGGGUGCUGAGCAGGGGCGCCCACCGUGGAGCCCAGAUGGGAGAGGGUUGGGUUCAGGACUGAGUCCUGGGCGUGGGGAGGUGGGGACAGAGAUUCCUAUUCAGGUCACAGCUGCAGCAAACCACUGAGCCAGAGAAACCCGCCGCCUCCCUCAGCAC